AUGAAAUACUCGACAAUCGCCCUCGCGGCCAUGCCUGGCUUCUUUGCUCUCGCCUCUGGUCUUGGUACCUUCACCAUCAAGAACUCUUGCGGUACAGACAUUCAUUAUGUCCACGACGUCGACUCCUGCGAGACAGUCUUGACCAUCCCCGCCGGCAGCAGCUCCGACCCUUGUACCUACCAGACCAAAGCCGAUGGAUCUGGCGGUCCAUCGGUCAAAAUCGCCCUCGAAACAACCAUCUGCUCUGACAUUCCCCCACCGAUAACUCAAUUCGAGUACACUGUUGGCUGGGCAGAGAAGGUCUUCACCGAUUUGUCCAACAUCAACGGUAUCCCUUAUCCCUUCAUGGCGGGCGGUGUCAAGUUGACCAGCUCCGACAACUCAGUCAGCGUUUCCUGCGCUGCAGGCAUUGAAGACUGCGCGGCAGCGUACAACACCCCCACCGAGAACUCUGCCACCACUGCUGCUCCGGAGACUGCGGAUCUGCUGGUCGAAAUCUGCUGGGACAAGCCAGGUGCAUAUGGAAAAACCGCCCCGAUCGUCUGGGUCACCGAGCACGUUGGCGGUUCUCAACAACGGAAGCGCGACCACGAUCACCUCCACCAACAUGCUCACAACAAAAUCCACAAGAAGCGACACGGCGCAUAG